AUGAAUAUAGAUAAAGUUUAUAAUAAUGAAAAUUAUAUAUAUAACAAAGAUUUACAUUCUAAUGACAAUAUCCAUGAUAGAAAAAAAAAUAAAAAGAAUAACAUUACUAUAUUAAAUAAUUACCGAGAUUAUAAAAGACAAGACGAUGUUACAUAUAAUUAUGUAUUAUUUUCAUUAAAUAAAAAUGGGAUCAAUAAUUCUAGUGAAUUGAAAUUAAAUGAAUUAAAUGAUAAUAAAAUGAGUAGCAAAAUAAAAAAGAAAAAAUAUCAAAAUAUUAAUAAUAAUUAUUAUAACCAAAAAAGUAAUAAAAUGGUAGAUAAAAAGGGAAAUUAUUUAGAUAUAAUAAAAAGUGUUCCACUCAAAAAAAAUUAUAUAAGUAUUAAUAAUAGUUUUAGUAUAGAUAAUGAUUUUUAUAACAGUUUAUAUUUUAGAAAAAAUCAUUCUAAUUGUUGUAUUUAUGAAUAUUUUCAUAAUAAUAAUAAAUAUAAUACAUAUUUAAAUAAUAGAAAUAAUUUUAUCUUAAAAAAAAAAGCUUUUUUACAUAACAAAAAAAUAUCCAGUAUAUAUGAUUUAAACACAUAUGAAUACUUCAAUGUAAACAUAAAUAAUAUAUGCCAAAUGAAUAGCGAAAAUCAUAUAAAUAAGAUAAAUAAUAUAAAAUAUAAUUCAAAUUUAGAAAAUAUUAACCACUAUAGUACUUGCGCUAAUUUUACUGCUAGUAAUAUUAAUGAUAAUGCGAAAAAGAAUAAUUUGUAUUAUCAAAGAAAUAAUGUGCAUAAUCAAACACUUAAUAAUAAUUCUGAAAAAAAUGUAUCUAUAUUAAGUAAAAAUUCGCAGGCUAUUAAUUCUAACUAUAGUAAUAAAAGCCAAUAUUUAAAAACUAAUAGUAAUUUUAAAAGGAACCUUUUACAAUUAAAUAAUAUAUAUAAUUAUGAAAAGAACAAAAUAUUAGAUUAUAGUAUAUUUAACACAAGUAAAAUAAAUUUUCAUUAUUCUAAUAAAAAUUAUAAUGUAACCAAUUCAUGCAAUAAAAUGAAAAUAAAUAAAAAAAAAAAUCACUCUCUAAAUUAUUGCCCUAAUAAUAAUUUUAUUAGGAUAAACACUCCUAAUAAUAAAAAAUCCAUUAUAUCAUAUUUCAACAAAAAAAAUAAAAAUGAUAACAAUGAAAUUGUAGAAAGUUUAAGUAAAAAUGAAAAAUAUUCUAAGGUUAAAAAAAAAAAAAUAAAUAAUUUCUGUUCUUCUUUUAUAUUUAGUAACAAAUGUUUUUAUGAGGAUAAUAAAAUAGAAAAAAAAAAAAAUUUGUGUUCAAAAGAUUCUUCAAACUGUGAUAAUAAAUUAACAAGGAAAAAUAGAGAAGCAAGCGAACUAAAAAACAGUACUUAUUUUAUUGAUUUGUUAUUAAAUGGAGAAAAGGAAGCCAAAAAUAUAAUAGAUAAAGCUUAUCAAAAUAAAAAAAAACUAAGAAAACUAAUGCAUGAAAAAAUAGAAGAAGAAAUAGAAAACUUUAAACAAAAGGAAAACUUAAAGUACGAAGAAAGUUACAAAAAAAUGGAAGAAGAAAUAAAAAGUGAACAAUUAAUAGAAAAUGAAUUACAGAUUAUUAGCACUCAAAUGCAAACUAAUUCUUUAAAUAUUAAUGAAGCAUCUAAUUAUAUAAUAAACAAAAUUAUUAAUGUUGAUUUAACUUUAAGUUAUGAUUUAUUAAAAUAUUAUUUGCCAAUGAAGGAUAUUCUUACUAUUCAUUUAGAUUUAGAACAGAAAAAUAAUCAACAGAAUAUAAAAAAAAAAGAUACAUUAAUAAUUGAUGAACAAGGAAAUUCAUCAAUUCUUCAUUAUAAUCAAUAUAAAAAUGAACACACAGUUAGAAAAUUUGGAUCGUUCUGGACAAGAAUAAGACAUAAUAAAUAA